AAUGGCACCAGCAUGAUCUCACUGAUCAUUCCCCCCAAAGACCAGAUUUCCCGAGUCGCAAAAAUGCUGGCRGAUGAGUUCGGCACCGCCUCCAACAUCAAGUCCCGCGUGAACCGCCUUUCAGUCCUGGGAGCCAUUACAUCUGUACAGCAAAGACUCAAACUCUAUAACAAAGUACCUCCAAAUGGUCUGGUUGUUUACUGUGGAACAAUUGUGACAGAAGAAGGGAAAGAGAAGAAAGUCAACAUUGACUUUGAACCUUUCAAACCAAUCAACACAUCGUUGUAUUUGUGUGACAACAAAUUCCACACAGAGGCCCUCACGGCACUGCUUUCCGACGACAGCAAGUUCGGCUUCAUCGUAAUAGACGGGAGCGGUGCUCUCUUUGGCACUCUGCAAGGAAACACCAGAGAAGUCCUGCACAAAUUCACUGUGGAUCUUCCAAAGAAGCACGGCAGAGGAGGUCAAUCUGCCCUGCGUUUUGCUCGUUUGAGGAUGGAGAAACGACACAACUAUGUGAGGAAGGUAGCAGAGACGGCUGUGCAGCUCUUCAUCUCCGGAGACAAGGUGAACGUGGCUGGGCUCGUUUUAGCUGGAUCAGCUGACUUCAAAACUGAAUUAAGUCAAUCUGACAUGUUUGAUCAGCGGUUGCAAUCCAAAGUGCUCAAACUAGUUGACAUUUCAUAUGGAGGAGAAAACGGAUUUAAUCAAGCGAUUGAACUGUCAACUGAAGUCCUCUCCAAUGUGAAAUUCAUUCAAGAGAAGAAACUAAUAGGCCGAUACUUUGACGAAAUCAGCCAGGACACGGGGAAGUACUGUUUUGGUGUUGAAGAUACACUAAAAGCCUUGGAAAUGGGAGCAGUAGAGAUACUGAUAGUCUAUGAAAACCUGGAUAUCAUGAGAUACGUCCUGCACUGCCAAGGCACGGAGGAGGAGAAGAUCCUGUAUUUGACACCAGAGCAGGAGAAAGAUAAGUCCCACUUCACAGACAAAGAGACUGGCCAAGAACAUGAACUGAUAGAAAGUAUGCCCCUUCUGGAGUGGUUUGCAAACAACUACAAGAAAUUUGGAGCAACGUUGGAAAUUGUUACAGACAAAUCACAGGAAGGAUCCCAAUUUGUGAAAGGAUUUGGAGGAAUUGGAGGUAUCUUGCGGUACCGAGUGGACUUCCAGGGAAUGGAAUAYCAAGGAGGAGACGACGAAUUUUUUGACCUUGAUGACUACUAGGUAGUCGACCUGGGUCCGGCAAAACGUGCCUCGCCCCUCCAGCAUCCAACCCAAGGAGCAAACUCAUGGUGGAAAACACAACAGAUCCCUGCCUUAGAAUUGGAACAUUUCCAGAACUUGAUCCACAAGCAUUGGAUUUAAAAAGCAAAACCCUACACUUUGAUUUGUCAUAGUGUCAGUACAGCAGCAAACUACUAAGUUCCUAUAUGCCACUUGGGACUAAUUUAAAAGGAAUCCCGGUUUUUACUUUUACUCAAUGGUGAAAUUGGUUGCUCUUGUAUUUUAUGAAAAUGAUUUUUUUAACCUUCAUGAUACAUUAACUGCUGUAAACCUCUUCCUUCCAAAAUUAAUAGAAGUAAGAUCCUACUGGUUUGUUUCUUUUUACUUUGAUUGGAGAAAUCAAUUGCUGCAUUUGGCAGCGACACGACCCAUUUACAUGGCAUUCUCAGCUUAGACAGCAGAAGAAGGAACAUUAGAGAACGGGAGUCAUUCCCGCUCUUGGCAGGAAUGAGAAGGCACUUGUCUGGAGUGCCAGCUUAUGAGGUGUGGCUCACAAAUUCAGGUGGUUUGGGGAGGCUUACCAGCCAAAAAGUACUUCCAUCAACCUGCAGAGCACUGCUCUUGCAAACUAGGAAAUGCACUUCAUUGAUUGCAAUGAAAAUGCUGCUGAAGUGUUAGGCUUAAUUUGGAUUUGAGUGAUGCAGCCUUCAGGUUUUUUUUUUUUUUAAGUCUUUACAAAAAUAAACAUGCAAUUUAAGUGAAGUAAGGUACACUUUGCUUUUUGUUCCUCGGUAAGAUUUUUUUUUUAAUUAAUUAUUUUUGCUUAUUUUUUGGAUUUGUUUUGCUUUAGGACUGCGUAAGGUUUCCUUGAUUAUGUGAAUUUGAUUGAACCCACAGUCCUGCACUGGAAGCGGGUGUUUCACCGGGAUAACGAAUGGAGUCCUGGACUGGAGUCUUAGUGCUGGUGCAGUUGGAGCAUUUACUGGAGCACAUGUUGAACCUCAGCCUGCCCUGGUGGGACAUCCGCUCCCCAGCACUAAGGCCAUCUGUCCUGUUGGCCUCCRCAAGUGUCCCAUAAAUCUGAUGCUCAACUCGAAUGUACCCUAAAUGGAUGGAAACUUUUGCAUCAAGGCUCAAGAAGGCUUUUUUUGCCCAGUCUGCUCUACGGGAUGCAGUGAAAACCCCUCRAAACGGCCAAGGGCUUUUCAAAGGCUCCCGCAGGCAGGGGGAAGGUUAGCGUUGGCACAGAAUAAUGCACAAAUCUCGCCUCUUUUUCUGGGUUACUGGGCUCUCGCAUGGGCACCUUGGCAGUGGGUGUCUGACAGCUCUGCUCUUCACCACUGCUGUGCAGUGCAGCUGCCCUUCCCAAGCCGCUGCCUGGCUUCCCAGUAACCCCGUCGCACUUGCACGGAGCAGGA